AGCUCCGCCGCUGCUCGCUGUACCACUCGGACAAAUGAUUGUCAAUGGACUACUUGAGACGGAUCUGCAACAGCUUCCCCGCGUUCCAGCCGCAUGUUUUCUCGCCAAAUGAUAUGUAUCUAUUCGUUUUUUUUUUAUCUGAAUGGAGAUGGAGAAACAUAGAGAAGAUGGACUAAUUUCCGAGCGAAAAUACCGUGAGUCUUGAAGUUGAGCGGAUUUUGCGUGUUUGCAGAUUCUUUGGGCGCUGGAGAGGAAUCGCUCCCCUUCCAGUUUUAGGGUCGGCAACACGGCUGGGACUAAAUGAAAUGAAAAUGUUCCGUGGAUCGGUCCCGACCAUCACGCGUGCCGUGGUUCAGAAUCAUCCACGGCAUUUCUGUUGAGUCUCGCCUGGUUAUUUGUGCGCAGAGGUUGAGUCGCUGAGGAAGAGUGGAUCAAAUCCAGCAGCAACUCCAUUUAUAGCCUAUUUGUAAGACAAAUCUUUGCACAUUUAAUUACAAGUUGCCACAAGCCCACAAUCACCCACGAUGAAUAACAUGAUUCUUUAACUUUGGGAGUUUUUAUUGACGACUUGAAAACAGUUGGGGUUUAUAAUAACUUGAUUUGGUUUUACUACUGACUAUAUAAUUUCUAAGUAGUUUAAACAGAUCAUAAACAUCUCAGUUCAUAGCCCGGCAUAGGCCACAGUGCGUGCUUCUCUUCAGUGACUCGGACCGUGGGGUUAAGAGGUUUUAUUUCCCACAUGGGAUCCUAGGUCCGUGCGUCUUGCGGUGCGUCAGAAACCUUUCCAAGUUGGACCUUUCAGCCUUCUCUCAACUUGUGUUAUGGGCGAGGCGACCCCCGCCCAGUCUGCCGCGGGGACCUUCGUGCCCAUGUUGGGGGUCGGCUUGGGGGCCAUGCCGGGCCCGGUGGUGGGGGCCCCCUCCAGGGGUUCGGCGGUGCCGCAGCUGCACAACGCCAUCGUGGAGCGCCUGCGCGCCCGCAUCGAGCUGUGCAGGCGGCACCACUCCACCUGCGAGAGCCGCUACCAGAGAGGGCAGGCCGAGAGCUCGGACCGGGAGCACGAGAGCACGCUCCACCUGCUCAACAUCGUCCAGCAAGGGCCCGGGACCCGCAAGACUAAAGGCAGCCGGGGGUCGAACCAGCAGCAACCCCCAGAGUACAGCAGGACCAACGGGGAGCAGAAGGUCACGGAGGGCGAGCAGAAGAUCUCCACCCGCAUAGCGCUCCAAGGAUCUCUGCGAAGGAAGAUCGAAGGAAAUACACCUGGACAUGGGCUCAAGCAGAACGGCCUCUCCUGCGGUUUCGCCGGAUCGGACUUUAAACGCGUCCGCGUGGACCCCGGAGGUCUGGACCACGUCACGUGCAGCCAUAACGUAGGCCAGGCCCAUUCGCUGCAGCUGUCUUCGGCCAUCGGCAUGCAGAGGAAGAGUUACAUGAUGCCCCACGCGUUGGGCUCAGACAUAUUCAACAUGACUCUGAAAGAAAUGAAAAAGGAGCCCAUGGAGAUCCAGUCUUGUGGGCAGUCCAACUCAGAGAUGAUUUUUGAUUUCAAGGAUGAAGGUGGGGGUCAGAUUGACCCGGAGCUGCAGGAUCUGUUUGAUGAACUGACCAAGUCAGUGCCCCCGCUGAACGAUCCCGAGUUUGAGAAGAUGCUCAAGCAGGAUGAUCCAUUUAGUUUAGAUCUAGGUCGGCCGAGCUCAGCGGGAGCGGCCGCCAAUCUGUGCUCCCUCAUGGAGAAGCCGAUAAAGACGGAGAACUCUCCGGAUUUUGGCCAGCUUCACUGUGGCUCGUCACAGCUUCGUCCAGCCUCAGCAGGUCCCUCUUUCACACUGACCAGCACCUCCUCUACCAACACAUCACAGAAAGCUAACGCCCAGGCCGGACACCCCAGAGCCAUGCCCUGCUGGCCAGAAAUAUCCCACGCACAGCAACUCAAGCAGAUGGCGGCCAACCAGCAACAGCCGAGUCCCCUCCUCCAUCACCACCACCAGACGCCACCCGUGGGGAUGACGAACUGGGCCUCUGCCGUGAGCGGCCACUCCACCACCAGCACCUUUCCCCAGGAAAAGGUUUCCAGCUCCAACCCACUGAGCCAGCAGAGGAUGGGCUCCGGCAACAAGGGGCUCGGCAACUGCCUGUUGAAGUCCAACAGCCACAACGGAUCCCAGCAGUUUGAAAUGAAGAGUCUCAGCAACAAGCCCACGUUGCACUUCAGCCCUAAGACUCCCCAUCCUGCGGGCCAGCCCAUGUCUCUGAAAACAGAGCAGCAACAGCCGUCGCCGUCGCCGGGUCAGAACCAGCCACAUUCGGCUCUGCACUUCCAGAACCAGCAGAUCUCGUCAUCAGCGGGUCUCUGUCUCCAAACCAAGGCCGGUCCCGGGGGGCUGCCAUUCAGACUGCCCCAGCAGCAGCAGGGUGUUCCUAACGGGCCGAGGCUGUCCUCCAAUGGAAACGCGGGAGUCAUGUCAGCGCAGUCGCAGCUGCGACCCUCAGCGCCCGCCAGCCAGCAGAAAGGUCCCGCCAAACACCUGGCCAUCCAGAGGCAGCUCAACCAGCAGCAGCAGCAGCAGCAGCAGCAGCACGCCAUCAGCAACACGGACAAAGACAAUGCACAUGAUCAGUUUAGCAGACAUCUUACAAGACCUCCGCCUGAUUACAAACAGACGAGAAGCAUGGCGGGAAUUCAGCAAGGAAACAUCUUCACAGGUCAGAACUCCUCCCACUCUCCCAGCAGUGGUCCUGAGAAUAACCUCCAGUCCCUCCCCUGUCACCUCCCCGGUGGGUCCGCGCCAAAGAUGAGCUCUUCGUCGCUGGAGCGCAGAUUUUGUCUGGGAACGGACUCCCACCAGAGUCCGUGCAUCGGCCAGUUCCAGCAGCAGCAGAACAGUCACGGCCGUAUCGGCCUGAAUCAAAGCCAGCCCCGGUUCCUGGAGCCCAGCACGCAAGGGAAGUCCUUCGGGAUGAACAAUCUGACAGGUGUGCAGCAGCACCAGAGGGCGGCAGCUGACCUGCAUUCCUCCGGGCUGCCGGGGCAGGCUCUCGCAGGACUCAUGACAAAUGCCAGCGUUGGCUGGGGUUCGGCCAAUAAGCAAGUGACAACUGGACUCGGCGUGAGGCGUCUCCCCAACGCGCUGCAGUCGCAGGGCGUGCAGGACAUGCCGAGCCACCCGUACCAGCAGAGGCACGUCGGGCCCCCUAACCAGGUGGCGCCGGACAUCGGGAGGCUCCCGCUGAGCGCUGGGAUUAGAGAUGCAGGCCCGAGGUCCAACCAGGCCAUGAUGGGCUCCCCGUCGCCGGUGGGGAGCCUGAGCCAGGCGUCUCCUGAGCAGCGAGUCCCGGCGGGGAAGUUCCCCGACGCCAGUCCCACCUCCAGCAGUUACCAGAACAACAGGCCCACCCGGCUCACCUUCGACUUCCUCCCCGAGGGGGACAACACCGUCCCGGGAAUCAACGCAGACUCGGACUUCAUUGACUCGCUGCUCAAGUCCGGAUCCGGGAACGACGACUGGAUGAAAGACAUAAAUCUGGACGAGAUCCUGGGCAGCCACUCGUGAAUUCGAUGAAUCCGCAUCUUAAAUUAUCAAGGCCAUUUACGCUAGGUGAAAGGGAUGACGUUUGUCAAAAUAGACAUUUUAUAAACUCCUUCAUUAUCCAAGUAUACUGAACUGUUUUGUAUCGUAUUUACUGUGAAAAGAAUGCCGCGUUUCAUUGUCACAACUCUGCAUAUUUGUUCAUGGUUUGUAAACCAAGAAACUGCCUUUUCCUUUGCAGUCACUGUUUUUGUGGGUUUUAUUUCAUGCUUCGGUGCCGUCGUUUUAGGGUUUCAAACCAAAUUCACACUGUGAAAACAAAACAUUGCUGUGCUGCUUUUAAAGUCGCUUUAAGUUUCUAAAUCUUCAUGCACAGUUGAGCAUGGCGUGGUAAAUAUCUUCUGAAGUAUUGUCACCACACACACACACACACACACAGACUCUCGCUUCAGUAGAUGUUUCCUCCUGAGUGUUUCAAUGUUUUCAUCUGUGGUAGUUUUCAAUGCAGUUUGAAAAAUGUAACCAUUAUUUUUUCUCAUGUGAUAUUUAAUAAUAUUUGGGAUAGCAAUUAGACAUUAUAAUACGUGUAAUUAAUAAAAAUUAUUUGAAU